GUGUUAGUAGUUCUAGUCUUUCGAGUUCUAACCAUCUUUGGAGUCUUCGGGAUCGUCUUACUCAUUACUCACCAACUGUCAUGAUGAUUGACGAUCAAGACCUGGGCUUCUUUGCGAAUUUCCUUGGAGUCUUCAUUUUCAUUCUGGUUAUAGCAUAUCAUUAUGUGAUGGCUGACCCAAAAUAUGAAGGCAAUUGAAAAUUUUUUACAAUUCUUUUUUAGGUGUCUGCAAUGAACAUUUUGAUGGUAGUUUUUUAGACUGAGUUGUUUCAGAAAAGGAGACAAAUCAAUGUUGUUAAAAACCUUCAACAAAUUAUUCUUAUAAAUGCCAUCUUAAUGCUUAUGUUUUGCAUGA